AAUUCCAUUUCUUUUUGUUAUAUAAACAAAAAUCUUAGUGUUAUACAAAAUUGAAGCAAAAUGGAUGAAGAAUUGCUGGAAUUGCAGAGACAAUUUGAAUUUGCACAACAAGUAAAAUCUACUGUUCGAUUAUCAGACCGAAAUGUUGUCGAAUUGGUCCAGAAACUUCAUCAGCUCCAAAUCAUUGACUUUGAUCUCCUUCAUACUAUCUCCGGCAAAGAAUACAUCACUCCGGAGCAAUUGAGGAAUGAAAUUGUGGCAGAGAUUAACAGACUAGGACGUGUUUCGAUGAUUGAUUUAGCUGAUUCUACGGGGGUGGACUUGUACCAUGUUGAGAAACAAGCUCAGUAUGUAGUAUCCCAUGACUCAUCCCUCAUGUUAAUUAAUGGGGAAAUUAUUUCGAGUACUUAUUGGGAUACAGCAGCUGAAGAAAUAAACGAAAGACUUCAAGAAUGUAGCCAAAUUGCCAUUGCUGAAAUAGCAGGACAACUACAAGUUGGAUCAGAGCUAGUAGUAUCCAUUCUUGAACCUCGUCUUGGGACUUUGAUAAAAGGUAGGCUUGAAGGUGGGCAGUUGUAUACACCCGCCUAUGUUGCUCGUGUAAGUGCAAUGGUCCGUGGUGCAGCUAGGGGUAUUUUUGUCCCAAUGAACACAACAGCAUUAUGGAACUCCUUGCUGACUUUACUGCAAGAGAUGGAUGGAGCUGUUGGUGUUGCUGUUGACACUUCAUUUUUCCAGUCCUUGUUUAAUGGCUUAGUGAAAGAAGGCGAGAUUCUCGGCUCUCUUCGUGCAGGAGUUCAUUGGACACCUUCAGUCUUUGCCAUAGCACAAAAGGACUGUGUAGAUUCCUUAUUUUCGCAGAAUUCUUUUGUUACUUAUCAAGCUCUGCAAAAACUCGGGAUUCCACAACCUUCUCAAUUCCUGCAGUCCAGAUAUCCAGAUGGUAUAUCUCUGGACUCAACAUUUGCUCACCCUUCUAUAAUUGAGAUGCUGGAUGCCGCUGUUGAGGAUGCCAUAGAACGUAAUAGCUGGAUUGAUUCGCUUUCAGUUUUACCCGCUUCCUUUGGUAGCCAAGAUGCAUUUAAGAUUUUGUCAUUAUGUCCAUCAGUUCAAGCAGCACAAAAGUCAAAUAGAGCACUUAUCUUGGGAGAUACAUAUAUUUUUAGCAAUGGGUUUGUCAAGGAUCUGUUUGAUCGGAUGGAAAAAGAGAUGGAAACAUUAACCAUUCCAGGGCUUGUCGGUUCUGGCCCUGUAGAUGAGUUUCGUGUUGCUAAAGAUGCUAAAGUUGGAUAUGAUAAUAGCACCAUUGAAGUAAAUGAAACAAGCAGUGAUGCCGGUAUCAGCAAACAGGCGUCGGAGAAAGGAUCUAAGAAGAAAAAAGGAAAAUCAGGUGGGAAUAUUAAGAUGGCGCAAGCUGAAACAGGGACAGAUAACCAGGAAUCUGCCCCAAGUAAAUCUAAGAAAAGCCAGAGGAAAGGUAAGGUGUCAUCUGGCUCACAAACGUCAGAAUCAAAGUCAGGUGUUAGAAAUGAUGAGGACAGUGUUGGCGGUAUUUCUGAAGACUGGGUAAUUCAGAAGAUUAUAUCUCUAAAUCCUGACUUUGAAGAACAAGGUCUGGAUGACCCGGAGAUGAUUCUGUUGCCUUUAGCAAAACAUCUGAGGCCUUUGCUCGUCAAUUCAUGGAAGGAACGAAAGAAGGCUGCUUUCACUGAAAAUACCCAAAAAAUAAAAAAACUACUUGAUAAUUUGCAAAAGAAACUCGAUGAGUCAUUUUUAAACAUGCAGCUUUAUGAAAAAGCCCUCGAUUUGUUUGAAGAUGACCCAUCAACUUCCGUUCUUCUACACAAGCAUCUAUUGCGAACUACAGGAACCUCAAUUGUUGAUACAUUGUUGCUUAACCUGGAUAUGCUCAAUAAACUAAAAAAUGGAGUUCCGGUUGAACCUCAAGCUCCCGAAUCCAUUUUACUUAGCCCUGGAGAUAGAAGCGCUCUGGCUAAGAGUCUGCCAGGUAGUAUGUCAGCCAAGGCCAUUGCAACAGUUGAAGCUUUAGAAGGGAAGCGGGUGGAAUCAUUUAUGUCUGCACUGAGAGAAGUUGCCGAGGAAAGUGGAUUAGCUUUGAAGAAGCUUGACAAGAAAUUGGAAAGAACCCUUUUGCAUUCAUAUCGCAAGCAUUUGACAUCUCAAGUUUCUGCUGAAACGGAUCCAGUUUCCCUCUUACCGCAAGUUAUAUCUCUCCUUUAUGUACAGGUUCAUGGAAAAGCUCUUCAGGCUCCUGGUAGAGCCAUUUCAGCUGCUGUCUCUCGGUUAAAGGAUAAAUUGGAUGACUCGGCAUUCAAGACUUUGGUUGAUUACCAGAGUGGAACAGUGAGCGUCUUGGCUCUAAUGGCUGCUGCAACUGGGGAAGAGGAAGAUUGUACAUCUGACAGAAUUUUGAGCAAAAGGGAAGUGUUAGAGGAAUUGAUGCCUGCAUUGAAAGGAUUAGUGCUAGGUACCUCACAGCCACAAGCAUAGAUUCACAUUGCUCUGGUGGCCAAUAAAUCAUACAGCUAGCUAGUGAUUUUAUUAUGAAUUUUUAGCUCUUAAAGACUUUUAGAUGUUGUGUGUACCGGUUUUAUAUGAAGUUUGCUGAAUCAGUUUACAUAGAUUCUUACAAAUAAUACUCUUGUGUUUUUACCUAUCGAGAAAAAAUAAUCUACUUAGUCUAA